CAUUGUAUCUAAUCUCUGCUGCAACGCGACGAGCAAAUACUAUAUUCCAGAAGGGGGUACUUUCGGCGCGUAUCGACAAAUGGGCUAUUAAUACCGUUCGUUCGGUUAGUGCUAUCCGGAGUCUCGUCGCUCGACAAUAAACCGUCGCCUUUUCACGAAAAUAUCCUGAAGGAUCGCGUGAAAACGAUCGAGUGAAAAACACCUAUCGUACGUUCUACAUUCUCUCCCUCUCUUUUCCUCAUUUUUUCCCCUCGACAGUCGGAACCUCUAUUUGUUAAUGGUUGGUAUUCUCUUCACGCGGCGCAUCAUCCCCGGCGAAGGAAAUCAAGGAUUGAGAGGAGACAUGCGGUUCCGAUCGCCGACGGCGGUUCUGCUCCUCUGCGCCGUUUCGCUCGCGACGGCGCAAGGAGUCAACGAGUGUCAACAAGGUGCCGACGACGAGCUGAUCUGGGAGUAUGACGUCAGGAGGCCGCACCGAACCGGUAGUUAUCAAGAGGUAGAGGCGGAUUACGGGCCGACGGGCGCGAGAAUCACGUGCAUAGGUUUCAACUCACUGUCCGAUGAAGAUAACGGCGCGGCAUGGGUCACCGCCGGCGGAAUCGAUCACAACUUCGUCAAACUCAAGUUCAGGUCCAAGUAUUCGCGAGGACUCCAUUACAGAGUCCACGUUUACGGACGGCCCACUCUGAGAAGAGGUUCACAGUGGCUUCUUUGACGGCUAUCCUUUAUAAAUCCUUUGCGCCUUACGGUAGUACCCAAUUCCCCGGGUUCGAAUGUGUAAUCGUAUCAAUCCUUUCUGAGUUGUCAAUCUUUUUUUCUUUAACAUUGUUGGAUCUAUCGAAUGUAGCAGUGUGGUAAAGCCACGUGUAUGUUUCAAUAGAAAAAUUACAACGCGCAUUUUCGCAUUUAUCGAUACUCAAAUCCACCCACUUAAAUGUAUUUACAACCAGCGUUGUCUCGUCGGCUCUCGUCCGGGACAGCGUGUUGCACGAAUUUUCGACGCUAACGUCUGCGUAAUAAAUCUGUAGAUAGAGAUUUACCACCGUUGUAAUUCAGGACGUUAACCCGUCGCGUGUCCCAAUAACACUGAUAGAAAUGGAACCACCUCGUGACAGGAAAUAGAGCCCUCUCCGAUAGUAAAUCUAUCUCUCUCCACUUUAUGUUUUACUUCUGACAAAGUAAUAAAAAUAUAAACUCAAGCAAUUAGGAGUAAGUUUUUCUAAUUUACUGCAAAAUUCGUUCUCUGCUCCUCGUAAUUUAGCCUCGCGCACGUGAUGGCGUAAUUAAUCUUUCUACGCGUAAAACACCCCCCAAAGAGAUUGUAAAAAGGACCCUCGAUUUCCAAAGAAACAAAAUUAAUUUUCAUGGUUCGUAGUCAAGAGACAACGGUAGGAGUUAACAUCAUUUCGCAAGUUGAAAACUCAGUUUUGCGAGGAACCGACAGGAGAGGGGGAGGAGGGUUAUCGUUCCCGAAUGCGCGGUACCAUGUAACCUAUAUAUCCCUUGUGGGUCAAAUUCCGAAAACAAGCUGACGUGACCACAGCGAUAAGCAGAACCCGCGUCGGGUUCCACAUGGAAAGGCGCGGGGACGAUUCUCCAGAUUGGAAAAGCCUAAUACCCCUCCCGGAGCGGGGUGUACCAUCCGCGGAUUGCCUCCAUCGACAAGUACGAAAGAAAUAUUUUCCCUGCGUGCAGGAAAUAAUUACGUAGUCGAACAUGCGAAACGAUAUCCGCCGUUCCUUUGGGCAAUUACACGAAAAGAAAGUUUUGAUCGGCUAGUCCGGAUAGGCGGGCACGUCAAGCGGUACCCGGAAGGAUUGCCUGUUCAUCAAUUAUCGAGAUACUCGAGGACAUUUGCGAAAUCUAUUCCUUGUACCUUGGAAUUUAAUUUCUCUCGUUUUACAAACGAUAGCUUCAAAAUAAUUACAAGUUUACUCAAAGACAUUUUUUUAACGAGACAAAAUGAGAGAGAGGCAGAAAAGCAGGAGGAAAACAACGUGUAAUUCUGCAAAGUUUCAAUUUAUGUUAAUUAUUGUAUAAGUUAUUAAUUGUGUAUCUUCUAUGAGUAAAAAUUAUCAUAUUCUACAUGUGUUACUAUCAAAUAUACAUAUAUUAAAUAUAUAAA